AUGAAGAAGUUAACUUAAGAUCUUAUUAAACUAUAAUAGGAUAUGUAUAUACUAUUUUAUUAAAAUAAAGUCGAAAAUUAGAACAAGAAAAAAAUGAAUUGUAGAGUUUUGUUUAAGAAAUUUAAAAUUAUGUUACUGGAUUGUCUUUUGAUUAAUAAUAUUAAGAUUUAGUUAAUAGUUUAAAAGAAAUAAAUUAAAAAAUACAUAAGUAAAUUAAUGUGAAAGAAUUAUUCCUAUAAGCAAAACCAGGCAAUUAUGAAUAUUUAAGGGUGGCCUAAGAAAAAAUACUUAGAGUUUUAAAAAAAAGUAUUAAUAAUAUUAAUAUAUUAUAGAAUGA